AUGAAGUACACCUUUGUUACCGUGGCCGCCCUCCUUGCCAGUGCUCUCGCUGCCCCUGCUAUCAUGGUUGAUGAGCGACAGAUGAAGGCCAUCGAGAUCCUUCACGACAACAAGAACGCCCUCGGCCUCAGCCAAGAUGAACUGAACACCUUUGACAAGUUCAUGGACUCGCUACACAAGCGCGAUACUGUUGCUGAUGCCCCUGGUGGAUUGGGUGGCCUCACCGAUAGCCUUGGCAGUUUGACUGGCGGUGGCAAGAAGGGGGGGAAGAAGGGUGGUCUCCUGGGCGGGGUUCUUAUCCCCGGUCUUCUUUAA